UUGACUAUGCUGCUAGUUAGUCUCAAGGACAUUCUUAAUCAACAGUCUAACAACUAGGCCAUAGGCAAUAAUGUCUGUUCUCUGUGGUUUACCCCCUCUCCUUGAAUGUGUAUACUGUGUAGCUUGUGCCCGCUGGGCAUGGAAGCGGUGCCUCCAUAGUGCAGGACAUGACAGCGAAAAUUGGAGUGUUGCCACGGCUGAAGAAUUUGAACCUGUCCCUAGGCUAUGCCGAUACAUAUUGGCUGUAUAUGAAGAUGAUCUUAGACAACCUCAGUCGGAACCACCUGAAGGAUAUGGAGUUAAUCCAGAUUGUUUAAUUGUGAAGAAAAACUAUCCAGAUACCGGUGGUCGAGCACCACCAUAUCUCUUAUAUCUGGAUCAUGAUCAUGCUGACAUAGUUCUUGCUAUUAGAGGUCUUAAUUUGGCGAAGGAGAGUGAUUAUGCAGUCUUGUUGGACAAUAAGCUGGGCAAACGGAAAUUUGAUGGUGGGUAUGUUCACAAUGGCUUAUUAAAAGCAGCUGGAUUGGUGUUAAAUGCCGAAUGUGAGAUCAUGAAGCAAUUGCUGGAGAAAUAUCCAAACUAUACCUUAACAAUUACCGGACAUUCACUUGGGUCAGGUGUAGCAGCGUUAUUGACAAUGGUGAUAGCACAAAAUCUUGACAAGCUGGGCAAUAUUGAUAGGAAAAGAAUCAGGUGCUUUGCUAUUGCACCAGCUAGAUGUAUGUCACUGAAUCUGGCAGUGAGAUAUGCAGAUGUCAUCAACUCCAUUGUGCUUCAGGAUGAUUUCUUGCCACGGACAGCAACCCCCUUGGAAGAUAUAUUCAAGUCACUAUUCUGUUUACCAUGCCUCUUAUGCCUAAGGUGCAUGAGAGAUACAUGCAUCUCAGAAGAGAAGAUGCUCAAGGAUCCACGAAGGCUUUACGCCCCAGGUCGCCUCUACCACAUUGUUGAGAGGAAACCUUUUAGAUGUGGACGAUUUCCACCUGUUGUGAAGACUGCAGUUCCAGUGGAUGGGAGAUUUGAGCACAUAGUUCUCUCUUGUAAUGCUACUUCUGAUCAUGCAAUUAUCUGGAUAGAGAGAGAAGCACGAAGGGCUUUGGAAUUGAUGCAAGAGAGAGAUCAUGUAACGAAAAUUCCAGCAAAGCAAAAGAUGGAGCGACAACAGACAUUAACUAGAGAGCACAACGAGGAGCAUAAAGCUGCUCUACAGAGAGCUGUCACCUUGGCUGUUCCACAUGCUUUUCCACCUUCUUUUUACGGAACUUUUGAUGAACUAGACGAAGAACAGUCUGAUACAUCAGUCCGGGAUUCAUCCCCAGGGUCGUCAAGUAGAAGCAAAACCAAAGAUAACUGGGAUGAACUGAUUGAGCGUCUAUAUGACAAGGAUGAAUCAGGUCAUAAGAUAUUAAAAAGAUCAAGAUCCCAGUGAUACACAAUGUUGUAAACUCAUCAUUCUUUGAUUAAACCAUAAUUCUUUUAAUCUCAUUUUGAUUGACACUA